UCAUAACAAAUAGAGUCAAGUUGGUUAAUUUAUUUACAAGAUUAUAAUUAACAAUUCAGUACAUCACCUAAAUAAAGUUUAAAAUGUCUGACGCAAACAUUAAAAGUGAUAGAUGUGCCGCCGGACAAUUGCUUGACUCCCUCUACUUGAAUAUGUUUCACCUAAUUGAAGCGCACACCCAAUGCCGCAUAGAUAUCGAACGCACGAACUCCGAUGGCGCAAUUCUUCUAGCGCGAACAAAGUUCCAACAGGGAGGACAAUCAAUAUCAACCGCACAGAUUCCAACGGAAAAUAGUGCAGAGUUUAAUGCGCUCUGUAGAGUUAUAAAUGCCGCAGACGACGAUAUCAGCAUUGAGCGACAUCCGGUAGACAAGGAGAAUGGCUAUGUGGAUCCUUUGUAUUGGUUUAGUGUAUUGCCCCCAAUGAGUCUACGGAAUGCUGUAGAUAAAUUUAAAAGGACCAUCGAAUUGAUAGCGGAGAGUACAAAUUUGCAACGGGAGCUUAAUAAAGUAUUAAAUGGCAUUGGCAGGUUACGGCAAUCUGCUGCGCUAUAAUAAUAUUAAAUAUUUCACAUAUUAAUACAAAAUUAUAAAUAAGAUUAAAGUUGCAAAUACGAAAUUCCAAAAUGAAUGAAUUAUGUACUGGGAAUAUCCUAUUUUCGCAA